AUGACGUCUGUGUCUCGAUGGGAAAAUCUGCUACUCCGCCCGGCAUUAGCGGGUGCGAUAGAUAAACCGCAGCCACUCACAACCAUUCCCGUUUUCCUGUACGGCACUGCGUGGAAAAGGGAAAGGACGGAAGAUUUGGUAUACCAGGCGCUCUCCGCAGGGUUCAAGGGUGUUGACACGGCCGCGCAGCCAAAGCAUUAUCGGGAAGAUCUAGUUGGUGCGGGGGUGCGGAGGGCGUUGGCGGAAAAGAAAGUGAAGAGGGAAGAUAUCUAUAUACAAACCAAAUACACACCUAUUGGAGGCCAAGACCCCAGCUCUGUGCCCUACGAUCCCUCAUCUUCGAUAGCAGAUCAGGUGCAUUCUUCCGUCAAGUCGUCGCUGGCCAAUCUACGUCCGCUGGAUGAUACAAUUUCUGAACAGGAUGCCUACCUUGAUGCUCUGGUUUUGCACAGCCCGUUACCAACCACUGAGCAGACGCUAGAAGCCUGGGUAACACUAGAAGAAUACGUACCUUAUAAGAUUCGGAACCUGGGGAUAUCGAACUGCGAACUCUCCGACCUAAAAGCCUUGUGCAGUACGACAAAGGUGAAACCAGCCAUAGUCCAGAACCGAUUCUUCCCGGGAUCACAAUUUGACAUACCAUUGCGCCAGUUCUGCCGGGAAAACUCGAUCGUCUACCAGUCAUUCUGGACGCUAACUGCAAACCCGACACUGGUAUGGUCUACUGAAGUUGGCAUUCUGAGCCAGCAGGCCUGCAUCAGUCCACAGGCUGCGGUAUAUUGUCUAGUGCUUGGGUUGGGGAAUACUGUUGUGCUCAACGGGACAAAGAAUGAAGGUCGUAUGCAGUCCGAUCUGGCUGCUCCAAAGGCUGUGGAGGAGUUUGCGGCGAAAUUCCCUGAGCAGUGGGAUAAGAUAUUGAGAGGGUUUAAGAAGAAUAUUGGAGAGACGGCUGCAAUGUGA